AUGGAGGAGGAGCUUACCGUUGGGUUUCGCUUCUAUCCCACGGAAGACGAACUGGUUGCGUUCUACCUACGAAACCAGCUCGAAGGAAGGAGUGAUGACUCAAUGCACCGUGUCAUUCCCGUCCUAGACGUCUUUGAGGUCGAACCUAGCCAUCUUCCAAAUACUGCAGGAGUGAGAUGUCGAGGAGACGCAGAACAAUGGUUUUUCUUUGUGCCAAGACAAGAACGCGAAGCAAGAGGAGGAAGACCGAGCAGAAUCACUGGUUCAGGAUACUGGAAAGCGACUGGAUCACCUGGUCCAGUCUUUUCCAAAGAUAACCGAAUGAUUGGAGUCAAGAAGACUAUGGUUUUCUACACCGGUAAAGCACCAACAGGAAGAAAAACAAAAUGGAAGAUGAACGAGUACAAAGCCGUUGACGAAACAGUCAACGUUUCCACAAUCCCUAAGCUGAGACAUGAAUUCAGUUUAUGUCGUGUCUACGUAACAUCAGGAAGCUCGAGAGCUUUUGAUAGACGUCCCGUGGGAGUUAUUCAGACAGAGAGAAUGCUUACAAGUGAUGUUGCAGUAGCUGAGACAUCAGUUCGUGUAGAAAACUCACCAGAAACUUCGAUUUCAGGUGGAGAACAUGUUGAUCUCUCUGUGAGUAGAGAGAUGGUUGAUGGUUUAACAGAAUUCUGGGGAUGGGAGCAGCUGAAUUGGCCUUGA